AUUAUUUCCUGUAGUGACUUGGGAUUUCCCAAACGUAAACAUUUGUCAACAUUGUCCAAUAACACAUGAAGAUUGUAGCCUUCCAAACAUUUGACUGAUGGGUUUUUGAUGCGAUGCCACCGCGAUGAGUUAAUAUGACAAUGCUAUGAAUGCAUAAAGCAGUUAAUUGACUUUGAGAUGUCGGGUGAUGACUUUCUUCCCCUACGCCAGUCACAGAAUUAUCUGUGGGAUGUCACCAAGGUUCUGGGACAAGGGGCCACAAGCAAGGUGUACAAAGGACGAGACAAGAGAAAUGGAGAGGAGGUCGCUGUUAAGGUGUUCUCCUCAGCGGCCAUGCAGAGAAGUCCUGAGGUUCAGGUCAGAGAAUUCCAGGUCAUGAUGCAACUCAAGCAGGAGAAUGUGGUACAGCUACUGGGUAUAGAGGAAGAGGAUGUAAACAACCACAAGGUGAUAGUUAUGGAGCUGUCUCAGCACGGCAGUCUGUACACCCUACUGGACGACCCCGAAAACUCGCUAGGGCUGGAGGAGGAGGAAUUCGUCAUCGUGCUCAAAGAUCUCACGGCAGGGAUUCAGUACCUCAGGGACAAAGACAUAGUACACAGGGACAUCAAGCCAGGGAACAUUCUGUUGUUCAAGGACGAGGAGGGUCGGUCUGUGUACAAAUUGACAGACUUUGGGGCGGCCAAGCAGUUGGAGAGUGAGGAUGAACAGUUUAUGUCACUGUACGGAACAGAAGAAUAUCUGCACCCAAACAUCUACGGUCGGGCUGUAAUAAAGGAUGGUAAUACCGGCCCUUUUGAUGCCACGGUUGACCUCUGGAGCCUAGGGGUCACCAUAUAUCACGCAGCAACCGGUCAGCUGCCCUUCAAGGCCUAUGGAGGUCGAAGAAAUAGACAGAAAAUGUAUGAAAUCACCAGGACAAAGGAGAGCGGGGUGAUAUCGGGGAUACAGAAGUAUGAGGAUGGACCAGUGGAGUGGAGGAAGGACCUACCCCCCACCUGCCUGCUGUCAGCAGGUCUGAAGAAGUUCCUGGUCCCAGUGCUGGCCUCAUUGCUGGAGAGCAACGAGAGAAAGAGGACGACCUUUGACCGAUUCUUCCAGGAAGUUGCCAACAUCAUAUCCAAGAAAGUCCUGAAUGCAUUUUGUCCUGUGACCUGGUCAAAUAUGAAAAUCUACGUUGACAAAGACACAAAAUUGUCGCGUCUACAGGAAGUGAUCGCUGAGCAGUGUGAAGUGGCAGCUGUCAAUCAAAUUCUGGUGGUGGACGGGGAGCUGUUAGAACACACGGUCGAUCCCCUCGCCCCGGUCUCAGAUUACCCAGCAUGCAUCACGGAGGGUAAUCCGAUCUUCGUGUUCCUGAAGUCGUACCCAGAUCAUCGAUAUUUCCCGAAUUGUGUCUAUCCGGAGUUUCCACGGUUCGGUAGCUCGGUCCACGUGAGCAAUGACUACCAGCUGACCAAGCUGUGCUGUACAGUGAUGGCCUUCCACCUCAGACUGGUCAAACAGUACCACAGGAAGCUACAGCUGCUGCAGAAAAGUGUGAGGGGAUAUGUGCAUGAGCUUCACCAUGAGAUAGUACACCUGGUGGAUUGCCUUAAACACCAGAAACAGCACAACCAGGUCUGUUCUCUGUGGACCAAGAACUACGGUCACUCGGCUGCCCAGAACAUAGCACUAGUCAGGGGGGUGGAUCAAGGCACCGGGGCCAAGGAACGCGAGGUCCUCCUAGAAGGGAACCAGAAAUUUAUCAGAGACCUAGAGAAGCAGGUGGACAACAUCAUGAAAAGUGCAGAGGACUUACUGAAUCAGAUCAAGAGAGAUGAGCUACAGAACAGACGUCUAGAGAAGUACUGGAACGACGAAAACAUGGCCUGUCAUUCGGACACAUUUAGAUGUGGAGAGAAAAUUUCCAUGAUGUUGGACAGUAUGAAGGGAAUCAUGGCAGCUUUUAAGGAGGACCGACACAGGGUAGUCCUCGGCAAGCUGGAGGAAAACAUCCACAUGGUGGAAAAGAAUCGGCUGCAGACGCUUUGCUCCAAGUCGCUGUCGAUUCUGGAGAGCUGUAACCGCUUCACGGAAAAGCAGUACAACGCCUAUUACACGUGGUACAAUCAAGCCGUGGACACAAGGAACAGGUGUGAUAAAGUGAAUCUUAAACUCGGACACCUGGAGAAAAGACAGACCGAGUUUGUCACCAAACUGGACGAGUUUUCUAAAGUGAUGAUCGGCAGUAUGCACGAGGUUGUUUGUGAACCUAACGUGACGUCACAGAUCAACCAGUCCAGUAACAACAGACGUCCCACCAACCUCCUCAACACCCUCAACAACAAAUUAAAUGCUGUAGAGGUGGACGUGAUAGAACUCAAGCAGAGCGUGGAUGCUAAUUUUAAAAUCCUCCACAGCACCGAGAAGCAGAUACUAGAAAAUGGCAUUUGACAGACGAUAGUAUUCACUGUAACACUGAUUAUAAGAAGUCAGAAUAACCAACCUCCUACCUCAGUUUACCAAGUCCUCGGUAAAAUGGUGGCCGCUAAAUAAAAAGCAUUCCAUUGGGUAAUGGAGAGACAUGUGUCCAUUGUACAUGUGUACCACUGCCUCUGUCCUCAACAAAGACCCCUUAAUAUCGGGAGGGUUCGUGUCCAGUGUAAUGUGCCUGAAUGGUAGAGCUGUUGUUGUGGUGUUCUUUUAGUGAAGGCCCGUUAUAACAAUCACCCUGUUGGUAAUAAAAAUGUACGGUUACCCGUAAUGUACAGGGGUCAAGGUCGUUGUUGUACACCAGUGGUGCCAGCUCUGACCUCCUGUACUGAUGAUCGCUGGUUGUAAGCAUUGUGUACUAUUGUGUAAAACCCGUGCAUGGUAUAUUAAGAAUACAUUAAUUCCAUUAUGCUCGAAAUAAAAUAUAUUGAUUACGUUUGAAAAAAUCUUAACGUAUCUAAAGUGAUUAUUGUACAGACUUAGAUGUCUGUUAGGUUAGGUUUUUAACCACCAGAGAACUUUUUUUUUUCUAUUUUAUUUUAAAAUUUUUGUGAAGGUUGUGUGUAUGAACUGUGAUCUUUAUUUAUGAAUGUUAUUGGUUAAUGAUUGUUGAAGUAUUACAUGUACACCAUAAUGUGUAUAUCUGGCAAUAGUGCCACUGUCUUCCAUGAAAUUAAUUUAGAUGCCAUAGUUACGGGAGUUCUGGAAUUCUACAUCUCUAGAUACUCCUGUUGACCAGGGUGAAUAAACCUUUGUUAUCAGAA